UAGUAGUCUAUUCUGAAUAAAGGGAGGUCAAUGGUGGCAGCGCCUUCAUCCUGAGCGAAUUAUGUUAAGUAUAUACUUUUGCUCAUUAACGGAAAUUUUCUUGAAAAUUGGAUUGUAUAAUUUUUAAAACAGUCAAUUAUCUUUCAGAGGAUGUCAGCAGUAUUCUUAUCUGGAAUUUUGGGUCGACUUGGGGACAUCAAUUUUUCUUUUACCCCCAUAAUGGAAUGAAACCUUCCUUUCGCAGACGUCAGAGGUCAAAGAUUGAUGAUGACUUCGGGGAUCACCGUGUGAAUGCCGACUGAACAUCAAAGAAUUUCGAUUUUCUAGUUUGAUUCACCUUCUGUGCGUAAUGGGGAAUAAACAUUCAUGUGGCUGCAUUCAAAGCUGUCACAAGAAUCCAACCAGGCGGGCCCACAGGGCUCCUUCUCAAGAAAUAGAACGAUACGAGCCGACACCUGAAGAAGUAAAUGUGGACGAAAGAUCAAAUCUCCAGCAUAUUGGUGACAGAGAGACUGGCAUAGAAGAGGAUAUAUUGGAUCCAUCAGUACACCCAAGGACUAGUACCAUUUUCCUCACAAAGGCAGAAUCAUUAGAUAUUGUACAGGAUAGGAGAAAUCAUCACAGUGACAACAGGCUGAGUAGUACAUUGAGUAAGAAGUUCAGUUCAUGUUCGACUAUCUUUCUAGAUGACAGCACAGUAUCACAACCAAAUCUUAAGUCAACGAUACGAUGUGUGGCAUUGGCAAUAUACUACCAUAUAAAGAACAGAGAUAGUAGCAGACAAAUGGACAUCUUUGAUGAAAAGCAGUACCCACUCUCAAAAAUUCCAGUACCAGAUGAUUAUGACAAACACAAUCCUGAACACAGACAUAUCUACAAGUUUAUUCGCAUGUUAUUCAAUGCAGCUCAGCUCACAGCAGAAUGUGCAAUAGUUACAUUAGUGUAUUUAGAGAGAUUAUUAACAUAUGCUGAAAUUAACAUUACGCCUAGCAACUGGAAACGAAUGGUCCUUGGUGCUAUCCUAUUAGCUUCCAAAGUAUGGGACGACCAAGCAGUCUGGAAUGUAGACUACUGUCAGAUUCUAAGAGAACUAACAGUAGAAGAUAUGAAUGAAUUAGAGCGUCAGUUCCUAGAACUUCUCCAAUUCAACAUCAAUGUGUCAGCCAGUGUAUAUGCUAAGUACUACUUUGACCUCCGAGAACUUGCAGACACCCACGAACUUGCCUUCCCACUUGAACCACUCAGUACAGAACGAGCCCAGAAACUAGAGGUAUUCUCUAAACCAACAGAGGACAAACCCAGAGACGUUCCAUCCCACACCAGUGUAAAGAGAUCACGGAGUGCCGACAGUAUCCAAGUAGUGCCUCGAUUCUCAAACGCCAUAAUCUCGUGAUGAAGGCUCGUGUCUUGCGGAGUCUGUCAUCGUGUGUUGGGGGUGCCAUCUCAUGAUCAGUUCGGUCAUCGUGCGAUGAGUGACAUCAUUAUGCUGCGUUCAGCAGAAGCGGUGGAGCCUGUAUCCAGUGGAAAGCGCCCUCUGUCGAGUACAGCCAUCAGGUACCCUGGGUCACAUAGGGUAGAACACUGCUUACAUUACAGUCCCAGCUCAUCGUGAUAGGUGAUGUCAUGUGAUGAAUGUCCUGUUAUUUAUGAACCAACCAAAGCCAAAUCUGUUAUGAAUGCUUUACGGUAGCUCAGAUUGGUAGGAAACUCAGAGAAUAUACGUGUAGUUUUGAAAAAAAAAACAAGGGACCAAAGAUUUCCCUCCUGCUUUAUACUCUUCAAAUCAGGGCCUUGCUUUUAUGAAAAUAUGGCUUGGAAUCUGAACUUCAUGCUAACUUAAGGAUGUUCCACAGUUAAAGUGAAAUCCAUGUCAUUUUCGCCAAACUUUGCACAUAGAUACUUUAGAACCUUAAUAUUCGAAAUAUGCAAAAAUUAACAUAGGUCCAUGUGCUUGAUUUUUUGCUAUAGAGCUUCAAAGUUCACCCAAAUUGAUGUUGUUAAGAAUCGCGCAUUCAAAAGAAUUUGGCAUUUUUAGACCUCGCAAGAUUACUACAAUGAGUUUAAACCUCUAUUACUCAGUCAAAAUACAUGAAAAAGUCAUCAAAUUUCGCAAGAGAGUUAAUACUUGUAUCGUUAGAAUGGAGAAUCUAUUUAUAGUGCUAUUUGUUUGCAGUUUUAAGUCUAACAGCACUGUCAGUUCUUAAAAUGGCGUAAAAGUUAACAAAAACCCAAUCUAAACAAAUGUGAAAUUUCAAUAACAUACUACAAAAGUACAAUAAAUGCUGCACUUUAUUCAAAAUCCAUGUCAUUUUCACCAAAAUUUGCAAAGUUGUAGAGGAAGGUAUACCUAAGAGGUACAAACAUUAAAAAAUGGGGGUUCAUGUGCUUGUUUUUAAACUAUCAGCAUUUUUAUUAGAGCAAAUGUGCUUUUUAAAACACAAAAAAUGUGCCGAACGCUUUUUAUCUAUGUGAAGAAAAAAUCAAAACCACUCUACCAUUUAUUCAAACUCGGGGACUUAUUCGUGAUUCUUGGCAGCACUGCAGAGUAAAGUAUUUUGAAAUUGUAGAGAUGUUUUUUAAAAUGGUCUAUGGAAUAAUUCAAUUUUUUAGCUUCAUAAGAUAAUGCAUCGGAUCUGCAGAUGAUGAGAAAAAUCAGCUCAUAUCCAGAGCUAAUUAAUCACCCGUUCAUCCAUUGUGACGUCAGCGCGCAGAGUGUAAACUAUGCGCAGAUCAUAAUGCGCACAAACAUAACUGUGGAACGUCCUUAAACUCUGAUCUAAACAUGUAGUCUAGCUAUUGGUCAUUAAGGAGCCAAAUAUUCAAAUCAUCAACAAUGUUGGCACACUAUUCUACUGAAAGCUGCCUUUUCCCCACCAUUAAAAUAUAGGUAAAGAAACACAGAGUAAACAUUUUUAGCUUCCCAUAAAUCUCAUCCGAGACUUAAGUUACAUACUGUACAUGUAGACCAUGGCUUAGUUAAAGUAAAACCAGAGUUCAGAAUACAGACCCUAAAGUUCAGAAUCAUAAGCAUACCAUAGAAAUUCUAUUUAACAGCAUAUAAUUUCUAUGAAAUGUCAGGAAAGUGAGAAAUAGAUUGUUUUAUGAGAAACGGACCCCUGAUGAAAAGUUAGCUAAGGUAUGGGUCAUUGAUAAGGUCAGGAUUUUUCCAUGCACCUAGCAGAUUUAAAAGGGAAUGAAACCCUGAAAACUAAUUAUAUUUCAUGAAACAGAAAAAUCAAAGAAAAAAUAGUGAUCUCAACAUUCAAAUACUGAUAACUUUCUUAUUUUUAUUUAAUUUUUUUUCGUAAAGUAUCAUUUGUGAUAGUCUUUGAUCAUGUCCAACUUCUUAGAGGGGUUUCACCUUUUGUAGUUGUUGAAAUUCAAAAUAAUUGAGAACUGGUUUUAAGCACGCAAAAUACAUUCAACUUGUGUGCAACUUACAAACAGUUUCAUCCCCUUGGCCUGUACUGGCCAUAUUAAAAAGUGGCGUGGAUUCUGUCAAGGUCUAUAUCAUGCUGCAUUCUUAUAUUCUGCUAUUAGUUUCAUAGUUGAAGCUUUAUUAUAGAUGUAUUAUUAAUACCUCUGUAUGUGAUAUCAAUUGGUAACUUUGGAUAUGAAGUGAUCACAAAAUAAUUGUAAUUUUGUAAAGGAUAAAGAGCAAUUAAGUUUGUUUAAAAUUAUAAGAUAACUGUGAUUAAUCAACUUCUUUAUCAGCAACCCAAGACCAAAACAAUAUGAGAUUGUCCUUUCACAUAUGUACCUGAAGGCUAAUCCUAUCCCUACACUUAAUAUUACAAGGCAAUAAGAAAUUAAUACAAUCAUUGCUCUGAAUAUAUUCCAUAUUUGGCUUGAAAUUCUCUACCUCUUUUGACAUCCCACCCCUUAUAAUUCCUAUUUUUAGAUCCACCCUCCCACUCAAUUUGAUGUCAUUUAUAUCAUGUUUAUUACUUUUAAAGCUGAAUCCUGUAUAUUCUUAUUACAAUCUAUUUAUGUAUUUACAAUAUGUCUGAGAGGAUUUGAUGACCUCUUUAAAAUGAAAUACUCCCUAAGUUUCUAAAAUUGAAAGAGAAAGUCCUUCUUUUUAAUGUGUCUUCACCACUAACACUCUGUAUUCACUUGAAUAUUUUCUGUGUCUUUUUUGUUGUUAACUGACCGUUGCAUAAAGAGUUACAAUCAAACACAAACUCCAAAAAUCAAAUGCAGCUUAAAUUUCAUCUAAUGUAAUGCGCACUUGAGGGACUUGCGCUUGAGUGUUUAAAGGCAACUCUUUAUAGUGUAAUGGGCUCCAGAUUGAGUUGUUGGAGAUAUAUGUGUACAUGUACGAGUAAUGAUCUGUUGCACUUAUAUUAUUGAUGAAACAGUCUCUUUUGAAGACUGUCUAGCUGUCUCUGAAAAAUUCCUGUCAUCUGUUGGAGGCAAUCGAGAUUUAUAAAGAAUUAAUUUGAUAAGUUCUUGUCUUGAGAUAUCAACAUAUUUAAAGAGUGUGCAAGAGUUUUUUCUUCUGUCUUGAGAGUCUUUGUCUCUGGCAUUGAGAUUGACCUUUCAGUCCUAGCCUGUCAUGGUUUCACACUAAGUCAAUCAGCUGAUGCAUAAAACGUGAACUACUUUUCAGUUUCACAUUACCCUUGCAGUCUAUUUUAUUGAUUAAUGUGUCACAGCAACCAAAUCUUGAACUAGGGUUUUAUCUUCAAGUUGUGAUUGAUUUGAGUCUCAAAAGAAGCAAUCAAAAAUGUUCAUUGCCCAGAAAGAUGAGAGGGUGUCAGUUCUCUAAUAUCACACAUGUACUUGUAUGUUACCACUGACUACAAUGGGUGAUCUCAAGUCCGAUGUUGGCCUUGGUGUUGGUGUUGGAAUUCGGAUUGCUUCCCCUAGCUCCAAAACCUAUUCAGAGUUUGUAAAACUGAUCCAGAUCACAUUAUUUACAUCUCAACAACUAGUGAGUGACUUUUCGGGACCAUCUUCAUUUUAUGUUUGUUGUUAUAGAUUAUGUUUUGUGUAAAGAUUGAUCAUCACCAACACCAAGAGGUCAACUCUGAACUUGAAAUCACUCAAUGUCUAAUUACACUGUAAAUACUUUGCAAUAAGGGAGAAUCAACUAUCCCAUUUAAUAAGGUAAUUAGAAUGUGAAUCAUCACCAGUCGUGGAUUAAAUUUGAAAAUUGUCCCUUUUUAUGCUCUGAUCUUUGUGUGCUUGUAGCAUUUUUCUACAUGUUCCGGUUCUCCGACAUACAGGUGCAUAUCAAGUGGCUUGCUUUAAAAGACCGGGCUUGCUUUAUAAGACCAUUGCAUGAUAGCUGUGGGCCAUGGAAUCAUGCAACUUGCUCUUUUGUGAAAAACCCCCAUUACCGAUAUUUAUCACCCCCGUUAUGUGAUAGAAAGUCAAUUACUGCUUCAAAAUCUAUGAAUGGUCAAGUCUAUCAUUUCAAGUAAAUACCCUCUUCAUUCACCAAAUCUUGACCCAUGCUUUAAAUUGGCUCAUUUUCCUGAAAGUACAGUGCAAUUAUGCAAUCUCCCAGUCUUUUAAAGUUGGCCCUUAUGAUAUUAACAUCUAUUUUUGGAAUUACUAUUAUGCCAUUUGUCAAUGAAAUAGAGACUGUACCGUGUGUUGUAUUGCAUCAUUUAAGCAUUAAGCACUGGGACCAUAAAGCCAUUAGACUUGAUUAAUUUCAAUGAUAAUGAAUAUUCUGUAGUACAAGACUCUGGCAUCAUCACCAUCAUAAUCAUAUAUCUUAAAGUUGUGAAGGACACUGGCGGAUCCAAGGGGGGGGGGGGGGGGGGCAAAGCCAGCCUUUGCCCCCUUUUGAGAGGCACAAUUAGAUUUUUUAGUGUAAAAAUUAUGUUACAAUAGAAGUGCCCCCCUUUUGGAAGUGGUUCUUUUUUUCUUGCUUGUGAGACUUUUUUGUGGACGAAAUGUCCAUACUUUUUGGUUAAAACACUUUUUUUUGCUUGUCAAAUUUUUCCUCGGGGGAAAGUGUGUCCCCCCCUUUUGGAAAAUCCUGGAUCUGCCCCUGGUGAAGGAUAUGCUUUACAUUCAAUGUCCCAUAUUCUGAAGUCCAGUCUAAAAUAGACCACAAACUAAUAGAUGCUAAAAUUAUGGGAAGCCAAAAAAUAAUUAUAUAUAUCUUAUUUUUCCUUUUUUGUCUCCCCUUGCUUUCAUAAUGAAGGAUAUUUUGGUUAUCAUUCCCAGACAAUCUUGAAUGUUUUCAGCGUCAAAUGAUUUGAUAAAUUGAACAUGUACUAAUUACAUGUAAUAUUUGUGCCAGAAAGUGGCUAUCCAUAGUUCAAACCAGAGUAUGAUUUUAACCAGAGUUUAGAAUACUGUCCAAGGAGUUCAAUAUUUUUCUACAAUUUUGCAGCAAAAGCAUCAACAAAACCAUAUUUCUACACUGAACACGAUUAAUAAUGAAUGGCUUGUAUACUAUAGAUGUAAUUAUUUUGAAUAGAUACAUUGGAUUAUUAUGUGACUAAAUGGCACUUGGUAGAGAGUUCCAAGGGGUUGGGUCACUGUUAAUAUUUUUGUGCACCUCAAUAUAAUGUGAGUUCCAAGUAUAUCUUAGAGGAUGAAAAAAGUAGAGGAAAGAAAGGUAAUAGUUGUGUUCAUUUGUUGGGAGAAUAUUCUUUUCCAGUUGUAUUCACGCUUCCCAUCAGCAUUACUCUGAAAUUUGGUUUGGUUUUGUUGAAGCAGUACUCAUGUUUUUCUGUUGCAAAGUUUAUAACAGCACACAUGUACAUACCAUGUACCUUUAAUGUACAUACCGUGUAUCUUUAAUAUACAUGUAUUUAUUUUCAUUGUUAAACAAAUCAACGAUUGCUUGUAAUUUUAAUAAUUUUUAGUUUCAUGGAAGAUUACCAAUUGACUGUAAUUGUAAUGAAAUCACUAAUACUAGUAGUUGAUUUUAUUUACAGGUCAUGUUAUUUUUUUAAAUUUUUUUUUAUCCCAAUAGUAGAAACAGGGAGAGCAUCAUGUUUAAAUAAUAUGUGUGUGAAAUUGAGAUUAAGAGGAGAAAGUUCUUGCCACAAGUUAUCAAUAAUUGUUAUGUUCAAUUUUAGUUCUGUAAAAAGUCCAUGUAUUCACUUAUUUGGAAAUUAUGUAGUAAAUGGAUAGUAUCUUUUCUUCUGUAAGAUCAAUGGGAAUUCUUCAGUAUGCAUGUACUGUACAUGAAGCAUCAUUUUGUUAUUAUUUUGAUUACAGGGUUUUAUUUUUUUGUUGCUUUAUGUUAUUUAUAAAGGUAUUUAUUUCUGAAUAUAUUACAAUAUCAAAUAUACCAUAUAAUGUGUGGUAGGCCAAAUAUAUAUGUUUUCCCCCUCAUUCUCCCCCUUUACAGUGUAUGUGUAAUUUUUGUCUCACCUGCACUGCAGAGUGAGAGUCUAUACAUGUAGGUGCCGCUUUUCCGACAGUGGCGAUAGCGUCAACAUCAAAUCGUAAACAAAGGUUAAGUUUUUUAAAUGACAGCAUAACUUUAUAGAAAGUAUAUGGACCUAGUUCAUGAAACUUAAACAUAAGGUUAAUCAAGUAUUACUGAACAUCCUGCCCGAGGUUCAGGUCACAUGACCAAGGUCAAACAUCAUUUAGGGUCAAUGAACUUAGAACAUGUUGGGGGAGUCAAUAUCGAAAUCUUAACCCAAGGUUAAAUUUUUGAAAUGUCAUCAUAACUUUGAAAGUUUUGGACCUAGUUCAUGAAACUUGGCCAUGAGGGUAAUCAAAUAUUACUGGACAUACUGUGCGAGUUUCAAGUCACAUGACCAAGGUCAAAGGUCCUUAGGGUCAAUGAACUUUGGCCAAGUUGGGGGUAUUUGUUGAAUUACCAUCAUAACUUUGAAAGUUUAUGGAUCUGAUUCAUAAACUUUGGGUAUAAGAGUAAUCAAGUAUCAGUGAACGUCCUGUGCGAGUUUUAGGUCACAUGACCAAGGUCAAAGGUCAUUAAGGUCAAUUAACUUUGGCCAUGUUUAUAGGUAAUUAUUAAAUUUCUGUUAUAACUUUCAAAUUUUAUGGAGUUUAUGAAUUGUGGACAUAGGGGUAAUCAAGUAUCACUGACAAGUCUUAGGUCACAUGAUCAAGGUCAAAUAUCAUUUAGGUUCAAUGAAUGGUAUUUUUUGUGAAUAAUUAUUUUAUAGUAGUUUUCAAAGUCAGCACUGCUGCUAUAUUGAAUCGCAUAAUGCAGGUGAGACUGCCAGAGGCGCUCCACUUGUUUUUUCUUAGAUGCACAUUUGAAAUUAUACUGUAUUGAUCUAAUUAAAGGGGAAUCCAACCAAAAUAAAAAUUUGUUUUUAUAAGGAAAAGAAAAAUCAGACAAGUUGAUAGGUAAAAGUUUGAACAAUAUUGGACAAACAACAAGAAAGUUAUGAAUUCUUAAAAGUCGCAAAUAUUGGUAAUCACUAUACCCAUGGAUACUUCAAAUUGGCCGCAUAUGGGAUGUCAUAGUGAUGUAAGGCAAGGACUACUCUUCCAUGUACUCCAAUACAUUUUGUGGCUAAAAUGUCAUUUUUCCAAAAAGUUUUAUUUCAAAUUAUAUUUUUCUUUCAUGAGGAUAUAAAACAAUAUACUACCUGGGUUAUAUUUAGAUUACUGCCCCAGGGGAAUGGGUACUUAGGAGAAAACCACAAAUCCUUGAUAAUAAAGUACAUGGCCUAUGGGAAAGUUGUCCUUGCCCCUUGUCAUAAUUAACUUACCCAGUUGCCAAUUUGAAAUCUACAUAGUAUUAGUGAUCUCAAUUUUAAAGUAGCUAUAACUUUCUUAUUGCUUGUCCGAUUUCUUUCAGACUUUCACCAUUCUGUUUAAUUUAUUUUUCUCCUUCCCAACACAACAUUUUAUGGCCAAGGCUGGAUUCCCCUUUAAGAUUUUUCCUAUUAAAAAGAUAAUGACCUUUUAAUAUUUGGAAUCAAACCUUUCAAGGACAUAAAUUAUGGGGGCUUGUAAAUGGAGACCACAUGCAUUUAUCUCACAUGCAGAGCAGAAAGAAGACAAAAGUGGUCCGCUUUUUUUAUUGCUGCGAAGGUGCAGUCAACAUCACAAUACACCUAGAAGGUUAAGUUUGUGAAAAUGUCAAAACUCUGAUUACAUUAUGAAAUUUCUUUUGUGAAACCAGGACACAAAGGUAAUCUAUUAUCACUGAUUGUUUAGCAUGAAUUUGUGGUCACAAUAUCAAGGUAGAAGGUCAUUUGAGGUAAUAAACUUUGAGCAUAUAUACUUUUUGACCAAAUGUUGUGAUUAAUAGUUCAGAUGUUUAAGUUUUUAAAUUACAACUCCCUUUUCCAUGAAAAUAAAAUAAAAUAAUGUGGUUAUCACAUGAAUAAAAAGCAGUUGGUUUGGUAGAAUAUCAUGGACAAAGGUCAUUUGAGGUAAGCCCCCCCCCCAAAAAAAAAAAAAACCUAAAGCUAAACCCUCUUUUCCAAUUCUUUGCCUAUGGUAAAUUUGAGGACUUACAAUGAAAACAAAAUUGCUUGCUGGAUUCCUUUGUGAAUAACUACUGUUCUGACAAUUGGUAAGGUGCCUAACAAAAGAUGCUAUCCAAGCAUCAGGCAUGCAAAACAAAUCACGUAAAAUGGAAAUAAUAAUGAAAAAGUGCAGAAAUUUUGAGCAAAUGACAAGGAAGAAUCAUUGGAAAGGUUUACAGAUUUGAUGGUAUUCUCAAAGAGGCCUGUGUAAUGUAGGAUGUAUGAUUCCCAUCAGCUGGGGGUUUAUACAGUUUUCUGGGUUUUUUUGUAAGCUUUGCAAAAUGUGGUCUACAAAUUGGGCAAAUUUUCAUAUUAUGAAAGCAUACAAGCUGACCAGUAGUUCUAGAGAGAGUUCAUCUGAUGUUACAGCACAUUCUAUAUGUGUAUAAUUAUUGUAUAUGAAUGUUUUUUUCCAAAUUUUUUCAUCAGUUAUGCUGCAGUCACAUUUCCCCUACGCCGGUCGUAUGGCGAGUCGAAAACAGCUGUUUUAUUCAUGUUUAUUCAAACAACCUAUGCGUAGCUGGUACAAAAAAUGUAAAAACUGGUGUCUUCGACCCACCGUAUUGGCCGUCGUAAGACAAACGUGACUGCGCCAUUACUCAGAACAGAUGUGGGACAUCAAUGAAGUCAGAUAGAAUGCACGCAGAACAAAAUGAAAGGGAAGGCAUGAGUUUCUAUGCUACUUACAUUUAAUAAUAGGUGUGGUUGGGCAAAUAAAUUAAUGAAAGAAAUCUAUUUUCUCAAUUACAUUCAUUUAACUCUCCUUAAAACUGAGAGAUAUAAUAAUAUGCAUGCAGUUUAUAGCUAACAUUGAAGUAAACUUGGUUUCACGGUUUGACCCUGGGCCAUCUCCCUGGUUUUACCAAGUUUAUGCAAUCCUGACUAUGGCCUACUUCUACUUCUACUCCUACUCUACUGUAAACUCACCUGUCAAAUAUCAUGCUUUUAUCAACAUCCAUCACCACUAUCACCAUCAUUUUCUUCAUCACCACAUAUUCUUAAAAAAUUAUCUCCAUCUAUUACAGUUGCAGAGUUAAUCAAGAUAUUCUUAUUGGAAAAUGAAGUAAUUAGUCAAAAUGAAAAUGCCUAAUAGUUUUAUCCUGUGAGCAAAAAUUCUGAUAGCUUUGUAGAAAAUUGCCAAACAUUAAUUUUCUCAGUGACUGAGUAAAAGACCUUGUGUCAAACAUAUGGUGUAGAGAAACCUCCAUGUCCAUUACCUCUGGGCCCCAUCUUACAGAGAGUUACGAGAGUUACAAUCAAUUGUAACUCGGAAAUCCAUCAGUGCCAUAAUUUUUUUCUACGAAAAACUUGCACAAUGUCCUCUGUAUGCAAAGAGAAGUGCAGUGAAUUUUCAAGAAAACAGUGAAUGCAUGAAUAUACAUCAUAGCUAGAAAAUAUUUUGAAUAAACAUGCAUAAUAGAAGUUGACGUUGCUGGCCGUCCAUAGUUGCGAUUGAUCGGAUCAAUCGUAACUCUUUGUAAUACUGGGCCCAGAUUUGUCACGUGUUUCCCUUUGUAGAGGAAAGAGUUUGGGAAUAACAAGAGGUGUAUUUUUCAGCAUAUUGAGUGGUAUUUAUUAAGUAUAAAUGGUUAAGAUCUCUCCAGGAUGCUGCUUAUCAUCCAUACUUGUACACACUUGCGUCCAUCAGAUAUUUUUGUGUGAAAUUCAUGAAUUCACGGAGGUCAUUUUAGCUAUUGCAAAUCAUGGAAGCAUGUCUUUAUUCUGCAAAUUAUUCACAAAGUGAUCAUAUUAUUUGUACAGAUAAUUAUGUAUGGUAAUUUAUGCCUUUUUUGUCAGUGUAAUAUAUACAUUUGUAAGUGUAAACACUUAAAACAUAUUUCUUUAUCAUUAUUUUGGAGAUGUUUCAAAGUGGGGAAUAAAGAGAAAUAGACACAAAUGAA